UCGAGCGAUUUUCAGUCUAGAGAACAUCGAAGCGCUUUGGUUCAGUCGUCAGUGUUCCCUAUCGCAGUAUUCCUCUGAUUAAUCGCUGCGCCAUCUAGAUCUAGUUGAUUUUUCUUGCUAUGACAACCAUCAAGAGCAUCAAGGCCCGCCAGAUCUUCGACAGCCGUGGCAAUCCUACGGUUGAGGUUGAUGUUCAUCUGGCUAAUGGAAUUUUCGCUAGAGCUGCAGUCCCCAGCGGUGCAUCAACUGGUAUUUAUGAGGCUCUAGAGCUUAGAGAUGGUGGAUCAGAUUACCUUGGCAAGGGUGUGUCAAAGGCUGUUAACAAUGUCAACAGCAUCAUUGCGCCCGCUCUUGUUGGAAAGGAUCCAACGGAUCAAGUUGGUAUCGAUAAUCUCAUGGUUCAACAGCUUGAUGGAACUCAGAAUGAGUGGGGAUGGUGCAAGCAAAAGCUCGGUGCAAAUGCUAUCCUCGCUGUCUCUCUGGCUGUGUGCAAAGCUGGAGCAGCUGCCCUCAAUAUCCCCCUGUACAAGCACAUUGCCAACCUAGCUGGGAACAAGAAACUGGUGCUCCCCGUCCCUGCUUUCAAUGUAAUCAAUGGUGGAUCGCAUGCUGGGAACAAACUCGCCAUGCAGGAAUUCAUGAUUCUUCCUGUCGGUGCAUCUUCUUUUAAGGAAGCCAUGAAGAUGGGUGUGGAAGUUUAUCACAAUUUGAAGUCUGUUAUUAAGAAGAAAUAUGGCCAAGAUGCCACUAAUGUAGGUGAUGAGGGUGGGUUUGCUCCCAACAUUCAGGAGAACAAGGAAGGUCUUGAAUUGCUUAAAACAGCGAUCGAAAAAGCAGGUUACACCGGAAAAGUUGUGAUUGGAAUGGAUGUUGCUGCUUCUGAGUUUUAUGGUUCAGACAAAAACUACGACUUAAACUUCAAGGAAGAGAACAACGAUGGCUCACAGAAGAUCUCCGGCAACCAACUCAAGGAUCUCUACAAGUCAUUUGUGUCGGAGUACCCUAUUGUAUCGAUUGAAGAUCCAUUCGAUCAGGAUGACUGGGAGCACUAUGCAAAGCUUACCACAGAAAUUGGUGCCAAAGUACAGAUUGUGGGUGAUGAUCUUCUUGUUACCAAUCCGAAGAGAGUCGAAAAGGCAAUCAAUGAGAAGACCUGCAAUGCCCUUCUCCUCAAGGUUAACCAAAUUGGGUCAGUGACGGAGAGCAUCGAAGCUGUAAGAAUGUCCAAGCGCGCUGGCUGGGGUGUAAUGGCAAGUCAUCGCAGCGGGGAGACGGAGGACACUUUCAUUGCUGAUCUCUCGGUUGGACUGGCUACGGGCCAAAUCAAGACCGGAGCUCCUUGCAGAUCUGAACGUCUGGCGAAAUAUAACCAGCUGUUGAGGAUCGAAGAGGAGCUUGGCUCCGAUGCAGUAUAUGCCGGGGCCAGCUUCCGUGCACCUGUCGAGCCAUAUUAAGCGUCGUUUGUGUCUGCGCGACGAGGAUCCCCUCGGCUUAGAACAACUGAGACCUAUUUGGUAAUAACUAAUAACAGCAAGUUUUUUUGUAGACAUUUGGUUGUCGUGUGGAGGGUUUCAUAUUUAAUGGCUUCGAUAAGGGCCAGUGAUUUUAACGUUUAUUUUGAAUUUGUUUGUGAACA